AGCCACAACAGCCGUCCCAAGAGAAGUUCUACAGCAUGGCUGCCCAGAUCAAGCUGUUGUUGGAGAUUCCUGAGAAGAUCUGGAGCUCCAUGGAAGCCUCUCAGUUUCUCCAUGCCACACGGCUCUACCUGCUUUGCUGCCACCUCCACAGCCUGCUCCGGCUGGAUUCUUCUAGCUCCCGACACAGUCCCGUCCUCUCCCGGUUUCCUAUUCUCAUCCGGCAGGUGGCAGCAGCCAGCCAUUUCCGGUCAACUAUACUGCACGAAAGCAAGAUGCUGCUCAAAUGCCAAGCCGUGUCUGACCAAGCUGUAGCGGAGGCCCUGUGCUCCAUAAUGCUAUUGGAAGAGAGUUCUCCUCGCCAAGCCCUCACAGACUUCCUGUUGGCCAGAAAGGCAACUAUUCAGAAACUUCUCAAUCAGCCACACCAUGGUGCUGGUAUCAAGGCUCAGAUUUGCUCGUUAGUGGAGUUGCUGGCCACCACUCUGAACCAAGCUCAUGCCCUUUUCUACACUUUGCCAGAAGGUCUGCUGCCAGAUCCAUCCCUGCCAUGUGGCUUGCUCUUCUCGACUCUAGAGACCAUCACAAGCCAGCAUCCUGCCGGAAGGGGCAUCAGUGUCCUGCAGGGAGAGAUGAAACUCUGUGGCUGGUUCAAACAUCUGCCGGCAUCCGUCGUCGACUUCCAGCCAGCACGCCGAACUCUUGCACAUCCCAUCAGCCAGGAGUACCUGAAGGAUACGCUGCAGAAGUGGAUCCACAUGUGUAAUGAAGACAUUAAAAAUGGGAUCAGCAACCUGCUUAUGUACGUGAAGAGCAUGAAAGGGCUCGCAGGGAUCCGCGAUGCCAUGUGGGAGUUACUUACCAAUGAGUCCACCAAUCACAGCUGGGAUGUGAUAUGUCGGCGGCUGCUGGAGAAGCCGCUCUUGUUCUGGGAGGACAUGAUGCAGCAGCUGUUCCUUGACCGGUUGCAGACUCUGACAAAAGAAGGCUUUGACUCCAUCUCCAGUAGCUCCAAAGAGCUCCUGGUUUCAGCUUUGCAGGAACUUGAAAGCAGUUCUGGCAACUCCACUUCAAGUAAGCACGUUCACUUUGAGCACAAUAUGGCUCUCUUCCUCUGGUCUGAGAGUCCUAACGACCUGCCUUCCGACGCUGCCUGGGUCAACGUGGCAAACCGGAGUCAGUUUGCCAGUAGUGGCCUCUCCAUGAAAGCUCAAGCCAUCAGCCCUUGUGUACAGAACUUCUGCUCUGCUCUGGAUUCCAAGCUGAAGGUGAAGCUGGAUGAUCUCCUGGCCUACCUCCCCUCUGAUGACUCAUCACCAUCCAAGGAUGUUUCUCCCACACAGGCUAAGAACUCUGCCUUUGACAGGUUCGCAGAUGCCAGGACCGUGCAAGAGCUGCUGCGGACCCACUCUGUGGCAUGCAUCAAGCACAUCAUGGACUGCAUCUGCGCAGAGCUGCAAAGCAUUGAGGCAGCCGUGCAGGGACAACAGGAUAUCCUCAAUAGUGUCAAGCUGCACUCAGUUCUUUUCAUGGCCAGACUCUGCCAGUCCCUGGGAGAGCUGUGCCCCCAUCUGAAGCAAUGCAUCUUGGGAAAAUCGGGGAGCACUGAGAAACCAGCAAGGGAGUCUAGGGCUCUGAGAAAACAGGGCAAGGCCAAAGCUCAGGAAGUCAUUCCUACACAGGCCAAGUGGCAGGAAGUUAAAGAAGUGCUCCUGCAGCAGAGUGUGACAGGCUACCGUGUCUGGAGCGCAGCGGUUUUGAAAGUUUUGAUUCAUGGAUUCACCCAGUCAUUACUUUUAGAUGAUGCUGGCUCAGUCCUGGCCACAGCCACCAACUGGGAUGAGCUGGAAAUUCAGGAGGAGACAGAGUCUGGCAGCAGCAUCACAUCCAAGAUCCGACUUCCUGUGCAGCCAUCCUGGUAUGUACAGUCCUUCCUGUUUAGCCUAUGCCAGGAAAUUAAUCGGAUUGGAGGCCAUGCCUUGCCAAAAGUGACACUGCAGGAGAUGCUAAAAAGCUGUAUGGUUCAAGUGGUAGCUGCCUAUGAGAAACUUUCAGAAGAAAAACAGAUUAAGAAAGAAGGUGCAUUUCCAGUAACCCAGAACCGGGCGCUGCAGUUGCUUUACGAUCUGCGGUAUCUCAACAUUGUUCUGACAACCAAGGCUGAAGAGGUGAAGAGCGGCCGAAGCAAGCCGGACGCCAGGAUUGAGAGCGUGACUGACCGGCUGGAAGUACUCAUCGAUCCAUUUGACCUGGAUGUUUUCACACCGCACCUAAAUAGCAACCUUAAUCGCCUGGUGCAGCGAACUUCUGUUCUGUUUGGAUUGGUUACUGGCACAGAGAAUCAGUUCAGCCCCCGGAGCAGUACAUUCAACUCCCAAGAACCCCAUAACAUACUGCCACUGGCAUCAAGUCAUAUCAGGUUUGGACUUCUCCCCCUGAGCAUGACAAGCACUCGAAAGGCUAAGUCAACCAGCAGAAACGUGGAAACAAAAGCCCAGGAUGCCAUCCGUUAAGCCUGCAGGAGUCCUCCUGGGUAUUUCUGAAUUGUGUUGUGUACACGUGUGUUUGAGAGCGCAAACAGCUUGCCUUCUUACAGCAUUUAGUUGUUUGCUUUACUGUUAGACAAAAUAUUAGCAGUGUGCCCUUUCCAUAUUCCCUGCCACUUAGCCCAUUAAGAUCCAAAGUCCUAGUUAAAAAUUUGAUUUUAAAACCUGGGAGAUGGUAGUUUAAAAAAAAAAAGAAAAGGAAAAAAGCUCUUGCAAAGAACCACCCAUUACCUAGGCAUGGCCUAUGCUGUAACUUCCCCCAAAACACUGAGUUUCCACUCCAGGUGACUGGCCUUUCAAUUCUGCCCAUACCAGAGGAACAGACUAUGGAAAGGAGGUGCCUCUGUUUACCCUUUUCCUAGGACAAUCCUCAUUUUCAAAUUGGAGUUCUUCACAUAGUAAAAUCUCAUGCUAUCCCUGUGUCGUCUUCAACCUCGACAAACAGCAAGUUCGCUGGGUGCGCAUCUCUGCUUGUGUGUGCCGUGUGGACUCCGCAUGGCUUGGCGUAGAGGGCGAGCAGGCAGGAGGGCUCUGAUCAACUCUAAGGCACUUUCCUCUACAUCCAAUGGCAGGUUGUCCCCCCGGCCUGCUCCGAAGCUGGUGACCCGAUGCUUCCUGGCUCCUUGUUCAGACAGCUCGUCAGUGAGGAGGAUGACACGUCGGCGCCUUCACUAUUCAAACUUGGCUGGCUCUCUAGUAUGACUAAGUAAUGUGGAACAUGUCCAUCUCUCUCUAAAUAAACACUACUGCCUUCUCUCUUCUAAA